GGCAAAAAGUGGGAGGAGCCUCAACCACGGCAACCAGCAACUUCCUGACAUCGGAUCAGACGCAAAUAAACAUACUUUCGUUUUUCGACUUCUCGGUAGAGACGAACCUUCAAGAACUAUAUCCGGAUACCAGAAACGUGUUGUCUGUGACUAAUGAAAAUUUUAAACCGCGAAGUGGUUUACGUAACCGAUUUUGUCAACAUCAGUUGGUAACGUAGUGAGUCGUCAAGACGCUCCAGUGCUAGAAGUGAUCCAGUUUUCCAGAAACAUACCUGACACAUAACUAAUGCCAAGGUCCAGACGAGUAAAGGUGUCUCAUAAAAGACAAAUGGCACAUCCCAAAACAAGAAUGGGUCAAUUGGACAGCAAGCAUAUACAUACUGCUUCGGGGAGACGCAGAUCAGACGCAUUCACAUGUGUGGUGCCAGAUGUUCCUCUAGCUGUGGUUGAGGAGAUCUUGCUGAACCUGCCCGCUCAACAGGUGGUCCAAGUGUGUCGUCUGGUGUGUCCUGAGUGGAAAGAGCUGGUGGACAGCUCUGCACACUGGAAAGAGCGCUGUCGGAGAGAGGGGAUUCAACCCUGUGAUGCUUCCAGACCCCCAAAGGACUGGUGUCAGUUUUACUUUAUAACUAAGAAACGACGUAACCUGAUCAAGAAUCAUAAAGCUGAUGAAAAAUUUGCAGGAUGGACGAUUGUACACAAUGGAGGUGACAACUGGAAAUCAGAGGAAAAUAGGAAACCAUUUCCAGAUGUCACUGUCACCAAAUGUUUUGUCACAUCUUAUGGGUUAUGUUUAAAGCAACAGCUGAUUGAUUUGCAGAAAGAAGGCUACAGUGCUGCUUUUAUGGAUCAGGUGCAACCUCACAUUAAAAUCUCAGACUGGUAUGGACCACGUUUUGAUUGUGGGUGUAAGUAUCAGAUCUGUGUGGAGCUGCUUGAUCAGAAGAAGGAGCCAAUCGAUACCUUUCAGCCUGAGAAAGUGGUCUUUGAACAGUGGAAUGAUGAGCCAUGGUGUCAAAUGACUCAUGUCUUCAAGGAUUAUGGACCUGGUGUUCGGUUUAUCAGUUUUACCCAUGGUGGGAGGGACACUCAGUUCUGGGCAGGUCAUUAUGGAAUAAGAAUCACUAACAGUAGUGUGGAGAUCUGCCCAGCUGCAGAGAAAGAGUCAUUUCCUGCAUGAUUAUUUUAUACAUUACUAAGUUCAGCAGGCACAAAAGUACCAUUCAGUUGAGGUAUUCUAACGAUCUAUAUGAAUUCAUCUGUAUGUCCUGCUUAUGAAGUACAUAAUUAAUUAAGUGCAAUACAUACAUCUAUAAAUAAACAAUGUUGUUGCCUUUAAAAUGUAAAUAAAUAAAUUUUGAACUA